AUGCUGGCAGCUGAAAACAAAUUUGAUCUGCAGAGCCUAACUCAAGAAUGGAGUAACCAGUUGGUGCAACACGGUUUGCGCCUUAAUUUGAAGAAAACCGAGUGCAUGACAUCAGACAGACAUGAAAUGGGAACCAUCAAUAUUAAGGGUGAAGAUUUGACUCGUGUGUGUAAGUACCUUGGUUCCACGAUCACCGUUGACGGCCGACUCACCGAAGAGCUCGACACCAGGCCUCAGGUAGCAUGGAUGAAGAGGCGAACAUCAACCGUAGUCGCUUGUGACCGCAGGAUGAAAGAUAAUUUAAAAUCAAAAAGCUACCGCACCGUCAUCCGACCAGUCACCUUGUAUGGUUGUGAGUGA